UCGCUUGAGAUUUGACAGCAGGUUGGGUCAGGAUUUAGCCGGUGUUAAAUCAGAGAAGUUGAUAAGUUAGUGCGACUCUGAAGUCCUGCUACUCCUGCUAAAAUUGAGAAAUGUAUUUGUCAAGAGUAACAGGGGCCAUCUUCACAUUUGGAAAGAGCGGUUUCGCUGAUAAUGUGCCUUGUAAAUUCUGGGUGAGAAAUGACCAGCCAGGACAAGUAUCCUGCGGAGGAGAGCACACUGCUGUCAUCACAGGUUCAGACAGUAUAUAUGCACAUUGACAUAAUAAAGAAUCACUCAUUUUGAACCCAUGUCCAAGAACUUCUCUAAUGUUUAAUCACACUUUGACCUCUAUUAGUUUUCAAUGUCUGCAGAAAAUGGCAGGCUGCUAGUGUUUGGUGAUAACACUUGGGGCCAACUUGGGCUAGGAUUGAAGCCUGCUGCAAGAAAACCUGCCUCAGUGAAAGGUAAUCUUCAUUAUACUAGGGCUGCAAAUUUUCAUUGUUUUAUUUCACCUACUCUUGUUUCUUAAUUAUCCCAUUAAAUCCCUUAAUCAAGGCUAAAACGAGAUUAAAGUCAUUUCAUGAUGCUAUCUCCCGGUGCCAAAGGCUGACAAUCCUUUAAAAUGAGCAUUUGCCAUGGAUAUUAUUUCCUACUUCUAUUGGCUAGAUAAUAACGCUUCCCUAAUAUACUAUAAUGCUGAACAAUCUGCCUUGAGUUUUUGGGUGGGUGAGAGUCACAGAGGCGCAAACUGGCAGCCAUGUUUCCGUCAGUCUGCCACAGGUAGGUCAGCUGUGACUACUAAGGCAGUUUACCACCACCAAGGUGUGACUGUAUGAGCAAAUGAAUGAUGUAUGUAAGAAUUCUUUAAAGCCCUUUACAGCGAUAAACUUUGAUAAAAAAUCUUCACUGUGAGUACCACAACUAGCAGUAACGCUAGCUGAAACAACUCCCGUUAGUUAGCUGAGGUUAGCCGAAACUUUCUCCCAUUGUCCCCGUAAACACACCAAACUAAACUAACCCACUUUACCUGCUUCGCUGCGCUGCUCUGACUCCACAUUUUCUCCGUUCACGAAGCAACCCGCCCAUCCUUGGCGUUUGUUUCCACAUUAAAACACAGCGAUAGUUGUCUCGGCCCUGAAAAAGUCCACAAUGUUUCUCCCAGUUGUAACGCUCGGUAACGUUUGUCCCCCCUCAGCCCGAACACAUACAGCCAGCUGCGGCUGCAAUGGCGUCCUCCUCCCACCUCAGCUCCCUUUCCUCUUCUCAGACUCCCUCAGUCAGUGUGUGGGUGGUCGCACUGGGAGAAUCAUGGCUGUGUUUUCAUUUCGCCAGUACAGCAGCUGACAUCUCUAGCCUGUUUGUAAACGCGUCUGUUGAGCUGCUUUUUCAUAUGGGUUGAAACUAUGAGAACAGUUUCUCUGUUUUUCGGUUUCAGCUGCAAAUGUGUUGUUACACCAGGCUGAUGUAUUUAUGUUAAUAACACUCUAUCAAUAAACUCACGUUUCUUUAAAAGCAGCGGGUCUGUAUUUAUGAAUGAAUUACUGCGUAGCGUUGCGUUUAACCGACUGGACCACCCACAGAGAUCAAAGCUUCCCGCACAUACACUCCAUCCUCCGCUGUCCAAUCAGAAAACAGGAGCAAUACCAACUCCAUCCAUGAGGGGGCAGACUAGUGUAAUGUCCCUGCUAUAUAAAGCUCUUGUUGCGGCUGUGUAACAAGCUGCUUGUACUCCAGUGGUGCGUCCAAGUAUAAUAUAACUUAACUCACAAUACACUUACUGCCUAAAUCAACUGCAGCACCAAGUUCAGAGGAAAGAAGUCUAAAUUCCUUCUUGUAACGUGAAAGUUGUCACUAUUCAGAAUAAGGUCAUAAAAGGAAAGCAAACGGGCCUUUGACAGACCUGAUAUUGAAUAUUUCCACACGGUCUCAUUCAUAUGGAAGUAAAUCCGUGCCAUCUGAUUUUGAAUUCUAAUUUCUAAAGCUGAAUAUUUUUUUUUGCAUCAAAACAGACUUUGAAUUUCGAAACUAUUGAAUUUCAAGCGUGCAUUUUUAUUUCUGACACUUAUUUUUUUAACAAUGAUGAAAUAAAUUCAGUGUAAAAAAAUCUGUUUCUGACCAAUCACAAUUAAUAACAGCACAUUUAUUCAUCAGAAGUGAUACAAAGCUUUCAUGUAACUGGCAUCGAUAAUGCUGCAUAGAGGGUAAAUUUACAUCAAGUUUUUACUGUUUUUGGUCAAUAUUAUGUUGCUUUGACUGAGUUGAAAAUUUGAAUGUAGGAUUUUUACUUUUAAUGAGGUACUUGUAUAACAAUGACCAUAACUUAUAAACAAAAAGAAAACAUGUUAGUAACAUCUUGUUCCUUAACAUUGCUUUUAGCAGCCCUAAGGAACUUUCAAAGUACUUUGAUAUAAGUGAGCUUUUGUUUUGUGAACCUGCAAAAGGAGAUGGAUAUAAUGUUAUUAAAACAAGGCCCCAGCUGUAAUCAAACCAGAAGUUUGUGUUAACUAAGGUAAAACAUGACAAUAUGAAGCUACAGUGACCUGUGUAACAUGAAAUGGUAACAUGAAAUAUACCCUAUUCAUACAUAUAGGGCACCAAACUUUGAAAAGCAGUUUAGAGUAUUCCACUGUUUAUUGAACAGUACUAAUUUACUAAUGUGAAACAGUUAGUUUGAAUUUGAAGAUCAUGAUAUCUGAAAUGUUUUUAACAUACUGUCAGAAAAAUUGUGUGACGGUCCAUUUAGAGUCAGGUGUGAAAAGCUUUUUGCAGUCAAGCUGAAUUUGAACUGAUGCCUAAGAUCUCUAAAAGGAUGUGCAUUUCUACACAUGUAAAAUCCUGUCUGUAUUAUUGAAUCUAUGUAAAAUCAAAGUGUAAGCUGUUGCAAAUUGGCAGCAAUGAAUAAAACUGGUGACUAAGCAUGAGUGGAGCACAUAUUUGUUGGAGGCAGUGAAGAUUCAAAACUAAAUUUGUUAAGAUAAAGAAAGAGACGGUGAAGGUCAGAAUGUCCACUGUGGCCCUCACACUUGCAGCACUGUUUGCUCCCUAUCACAGGACAUGUUAAGAGUAAACAAAUGACUCUGACUUCUUAUGAUUCAACAGCUGGACUUGUUGUCUGGACUCAAGCACAGAUCUGUUUCUUUAGUUUUCCCUUGAGCAGUAAACAAGGCAAACAAUGCCAACUAUGUUCCUAGCUCAACAAUAACCUUGACCUAAUCAAUACUGUUUUGUUGUGAUGUUACUCAACUGUUUGAACCUGCCACUGAACCUCAGAUGUUUUUUCCCGCAAGAAAAAGUCCACCUUAAGAAAUGAAGUUAGAACUUGAGCAUGGGGAUCUGUGGUGAAUAGUCAGUCAGAAGAGAAACCACCAGACCCUGUAAGAGAAAAAGGAUGUCAUGAUUAGAAGAGAGAGAGUAAAAGCUGACUAUGGGUCUAAAUUAACCUACUUAUGUAUAAAAUUAUAUGGUAAAUAAUGCUGAGUUUUUUUCAAGGCUACUCACCAUGAUGGUCCAUUUCCUGUUCUCUGCCUGAAGAAAGACAAGUGAACGAGGAGAGUAGAAUACCUCGUCAUCCACCUCCUCCAUUUUCCGUGGAAGACAGUGCAGGAAGGUCCAGUCUGGUUUGGCUACACGUGCUGUCUGUAGAUGAGUGAGAAAGUCAGGAUGGAGUAUUGCAAGAAUAAUGGCUAGUCAGAUAUACAUAUAUGUUAAAUACAUUAUAGUUUCUUUUUGUUUGCAGUGCUAGUCCAUUUCUCUUUUGUUUUCCAGAAGCUGUUUAUGUUAAUACUUUGAAUCAAUUCAAAACUGGAAUCAAACAUCUCCUAUGCUCGCACAUAUUUGGCUGACAAAUGACUGAUUUGGAUCAGUUCAGAGGUAGUUUCUCCAAAAUAAAACUGUCCAUAAUGUGUGUUUAUAUAUAUGACAUAAAGACAUGUUUUGUGAAUGAAAAUCACAUCACCUCAUUUUCUCAUUUUUCAGAAAACUAUGCUACCAAUACAUUUAUGAUUUGUGCGAUACGUUUUUUUAAUAUGCAUGCUAACUUUAAAUUCUGAAAUCUAUUUAGCUGUUUCUCCAUUAAAAAGGAUGCAAUUGGUUUAGUUAUUAUAAACUUUUGUAUCACUUUCUCAAGCAGUAGCCUAUUAAAUACAAAACAUAAGUUUGCUCUGAAUUAAAGUUAAAUAUUGGAACAACGACUCUGACAAGUUCAGUGUCUUUUACAUAGCAGAAAAUGCCUUCCAUCUCUAAAAGCUACUGAUAUGUAAUGAUUGACUCCUCUUUCUUUCUGAGCCAAAGAGAAAGUGUUCAAGUCAAAAUGUGCGUCUUUAUAUUUGUAAAACUCCCCACAUCUUACCUGCAUAGUAAUUUGGUAACCUUUAAAGUCAUUAAGCCUCUUUUUUUUCUCCUUCUCCCGCCACAUGCCGACCCAGAGGUCAGUGACCAAAACAUUGCUGCCAUGGGCAGCCUCCAUGGGGUCAUUGGUCAGAACAAGCUGGGUCCCGUGCUGAGACAAAAUACAAUUUUAUGAAUUAAUGAGAAGUCUUUUGACAAGAGGUUUGUUUAAAGCUAGGACACAUGAACAAUAAUUAACCUCUUUGGAGAGUCUUUGCGCCUCUUCAAUUACACUUUUCUCUGGUUCAUAUCCCUACAAAUUAAAGUAAAAAUGUAGAUCAGUUGCUGAAUAUUCAUAUAUUUUAUAAAAAGAAAACAAUAUAUUUUUAGUUCCCCAGGAUAUUCUUUGGAAAGGAUCAACUCUAGCAAUGAUAAGACAGUUACAGUGGAUGUGCCCACAUAAAAAGAAGCAAACCUUUGGUGUAGCAAUCUUCAGAUGUAUUCCUAGUUUGGCUGCUGACAUCAUGAAGGAGUGGAGGACAUUGUUCCCAUCUCCAAUCCAGCUGACUGUUAGUCCACUCAGGGAGCCAUAAUGUUCCUGGGAGGAAAUAUUUGAAAAACACGCAGACUUUAUCAUCUCUAUUAUUUAAACAGCAGGAUGCCAGGAAGCUGCUACAUUACCUGCAAAGUGAGGUAGUCAGCUAGGAUCUGGAUUGGGUGGCUGAGGUCAGACAGGCCAUUAAUGAUGGGGAUGGAGGCCUCCUUAUCCAGUUCUUCCAGUGUGGAGUGGCUAUCCACUCGUGCUAAGACAAUAUCACACAGCCCUGAGAGAACCCUGUGGCGGGGGUUAGAGAUUACACAGGGGUGCAUGUAAAAUUGGUUCAUGUGGUAAUGUGUUCUAAUCUUUCCUUUCAGUUAUUAAAAGCAGCAGAGGACCAAAGCAAUAUUAUACAAGUGAAGCAGCGCUGCCUUAAAAAACAAAACCAUUAUGAAUUUCAUACCUAGCUGUGUCUGUGCUACUCUCGUUCACUCCAAGGUGGAUGUCCUGAGAUGUGAGGAAACAGGGGUGCCCGCCAAGCAAAGCAAAACCUGGAGUAAAAACACUGAAUCAUCCUCAAAUAGAAACUGUCUUUUAAGCCCACACCAAGUUCAGCAUAGGAGUGGGGAAUGGAUGUAGUUUAGGUGCAAACAGCAUUGUUCCCGUGGUGCUUUCAAAGUCCCCUUUCAGCAGUUCUUUUGUGUCAAAAACAAGGGGUGGCAUUUACACUGCUAAAGCUACUCAUGGAUCAAAACAGCCAGGCUAAAUUUAUGAGAUACUAGAACCCUAUCACAUUCAUUCUAUCAAUGUGUAUCUAAUGGGUUUAUCUAACAACUGCAUGGUGACUGCAUUGUGCCACUUUAAUGUUUUUACAUAUGAGUUUCAAUACAGCACAUGUCAUAAACCAUUUGAAGAUAUAUGAAUACAUAAGGGACACCUGUUUCUGUAGACAUUCUUGUUCUGGUGCUCCUCUUCUCAAAUAUCAUGGCAAUGGACUUCCCUUGGAGAAGAGGAAGACACUAAAAUGGAAAAGAAAGUUAGCUUCAGACACUGAAGAUUGACCUUGACAGUUAAAACUGAGAACAUUUGCAAAUGCACACUGCAGUCAACAGAUGUUAGCAAACACCAGCUACCUGUUUUUCAUGUUUGAUCCGAUGUUUGAGGUCUCCUGAGACCCACAGCAGCCUCUUGAUUUCAUCUGGGCUGAAAUCUUUCAAAGUUAGGAAGCUUCGACCCUUCAAACUGACGGAACUAAGAGACGCAGCUGCAGUUCUGUGGAAGUUAAAAAUGAGGAAGUUAUGCUGCAUGCAUGGUUGUUGUGUCAGCAGUUUACAUAGAAGUUUACAUAUUAACAAAAAGUUAUCCGGUGUGUCUUACCUAAACCCUCGUGGACAGCUGGUGUGAAACGUUUUCAUCCAUUUGAAAACCGUGCUGUUUAAAGACAGUAUCUUGGUAGACAUGGUGACUUGAAUUGAAAAUACCGUGGAAGAGUAAUUUCCUAAGGAGAUUUCAUCAGAUUGAAACCAGUUUUCAUCCAAUCCCUACCCCUACAACAUGCAGCAGCAGGUUAGAGCGACGGGCAGGGCUGUUACGUCUGACGUCACCAAAGACCACGGAAGCGAGUCCUGGAAACAUCCUACCAAGUGUCCACUUUUCAUGUAUUUGCCUAAAAGUUCAAGAUAUAAAGCUAUUUUACUAUGAGUUUACUUUGAUUAUGUAACAAAAAUAUUAACUGAAUUGACAUAUUCCUUCACUUUUAGAGUUUGAGUGAGAAAUAAACUCUCUGAAACAGUCUGCGGGCCAAGCUCUUGUUGUCAUAACAUAUUUCAAAGAUGAAGUAGACAAACCAAGAGGAUUCCCUCCUGGAAUUUUUUUUUCUUGGAAAACUGGUAAUGAUGAUAAUAAAAUAACACUAAUAAUAAAAAUAACACUUAUAAUUGAAAACAAUAAGAAUAAUACUGAUACUACUACUAAUAAUAAUAUUAAAAAUAUAUAUAAUAUAAUAUAAAGUAAUAAUAAUAUGAUAUAACAUUAUUAUAAUAAUAUUAUCAUUGUUAUCAUUAUAAUAUAUAUUUUUAUUAUUGAAUUUGUUAUUACUAUUAUUAUUAUUGUUGUUAUUAUUUGUAUUCAUAUAAAUAAUGAUAAUAACAAUAACAAUAAAAAUAAUAAUUUUAUAAUAUAAUAUAUAGUAAUAAUAAUAAUAUUAUUUAAAAGUAUCUAAUAUAAUCAUUAUUAUCAUUAUUACAUUUAUUUUUAAUUUAAUUUUAUUAUUAUUAUUAAUAUUAUCUUUUUAUUUUUUAUUUUUUGGCAUGAUAAGAAAAAGACGAUUUUACUUUUCUCUUACUUUGCAUGUAUAAAGUUUGGUUCAUGAUACGGAGUAUUUUGAGAACGGUCACUUUUGCUAACAUGAGAAAACCCAUAGACUGUUUAUACUAUAUAAUUUUUAUACAGUCUAUGAGAAAAAACUGUUGAGUGUUUGUCCUGGCCACGCCUUCCUCUGACGUUUCCUUUGUCCACCUGUCAGUCAGUGCUGAGCUCUACGGGGAGCGAGAGGAGGAGGAGAGAGGGGAGCUGCGUUGGAGAUGACAGGACAGAGAGAUGAGGACAUACCCGGUGAGAGUACUUUCUAAACAGGACAUGAAGUAGUGUAGUCUACUCAUUUGUAUAGUGGGCAUACUUACUUGCCUAUUCGAUAAACCUUUUUCCACAGACUGUGUGAGGGUGUUUGGAGCACCUGUAGCUAUUUCUGUCAAGCAGCUACUUAACUCGCUUGAGAUUUGACAGCAGGUUGGGUCAGGAUUUAGCCGGUGUUAAAUCAGAGAAGUUGAUAAGUUAGUGCUACUCUGAAGUCCUGCUACUCCUGCUAAAAUUGAGAAAUGUAUUUGUCAACAGAAACAGGGGCCAUCUUCACAUUUGGAAAGAGCGGUUUCGCUGAUAAUGUGCCUUGUAAAUUCUGGGUGAGAAAUGACCAGCCAGGACAAGUAUCCUGCGGAGGAGAGCACACUGCUGUCAUCACAGGUUCAGACAGUAUAUAUGCACAUUGACAUAAUAAAGAAUCACUCAUUUUGAACCCAUGUCCAAGAACUUCUCUAAUGUUUAAUCACACACUUUGACCUCUAAUAGUUUCCAAUGUCUGCAGAAAAUGGCAGGCUGCUAGUGUUUGGUGAUAACACUUGGGGCCAACUUGGGCUAGGAUUGAAGCCUGCUGCAAGAAAACCUGCCUCAGUGAAAGGUAAUCUUCAUUACACUAGGGCUGCAAAUUUUCAUUGUUUUAUUUCACCUACUCUUGUUUCUUAAUUAUCCCAUUAAAUCCCUUAAUCAAGGCUAAAACGAGAUUAAAGUCAUUUCAUGACGCUAUCUCCCGGUGCCAAAGGCUGACAAUCCUUUAAAAUGAGCAUUUGCCAUGGAUAUUAUUUCCUACUUCUAUUGGCUAGAAUAGAUAAUAACGCUUCCCUAAUAUACGAUAAUGCUGAACAUUCUGCCUUGAGUUUUUGGGUGGGUGAGAGUCACAGAGGCGCAAACUGGCAGCCAUGUUUCCGUCAGUCUGCCACAGGUAGGUCAGCUGUGACUACUACGGCAGUUUACCACCACCAAGGUGUGACUGUAUGAGCAAAUGAAUGAUGUAUGUAAGAAUUCUUUAAAGCCCUUUACAGCGAUAAACUUUGAUAAAAAAUCUUCACUGUGAGUACCACAACUAGCAGUAACGCUAGCUGAAACAACUCCCGUUAGUUAGCUGAGGUUAGCCGAAACUUUCUCCCAUUGUCCCCGUAAACACACCAAACUAAACUAACCCACUUUACCUGCUUCGCUGCGCUGCUCUGACUCCAUAUUUUCUCCGUUCACGAAGCAAACCGCCCAUCUUUGGCGUUUGUUUCCACAUUAAAACAGCGAUAGUUUUCUCGGCCCUGAAAAAGUCCACCAAGUUUCUCCCAGUUGUAACGCUCGGUAACGUUUGUCCCCCCUCAGCCCGAACACAUACAGCCAGCUGCGGCUGCAAUGGCGUCCUCCUCCCACCUCAGCUCCCUUUCCUCUUCUCAGACUCCCUCAGUCAGUGUGUGGGUGGUCGCACUGGGAGAACCAUGGCUGUGUUUUCAUUUCGCCAUUACAGCAGCUGACAUCUCUAGCCUGUUUGUAAACGCGUCUGUUGAGCUGCUUUUUCAUAUGGGUUGAAACUAUGAGAACAGUUUCUCUGUUUUUCGGUUUCAGCUGCAAAUGUGUUGUUACACCAGGCUGUUGUAUUUAUGUUAAUAACACUCUAUCAAUAAACUCAUGUUUCUUUAAAAGCAGCGGGUCUGUAUUUAUGAAUGAAUUACCGCGUAGCGUUGCGUUUAACCGGCUGGACCACCCACAGAGAUCAAAGCUUCCCACACAUACACUCCAUCCUCCGCUGUCCAAUCAGAAAACAGGAACAAUACCAACUCCAUCCAGGAGGGGGCAGCAGUGGUCAAAGACGAGUGUAAUGUCCCUGCUAUAUAAAGCUCUUGUUGCGGCUGUGUAACAAGCUGCUUGUACUCCAGUAGUGCGUCCAAGUAUAAGAUAACUUAACUCACAAUACACUUACUGCCUAAAUCAACUGCAGCACCAAGUUCAGAGGAAAGAAGUCUAAAUUCCUUCUUGUAACGUGAAAGUUGUCACUAUUCAGAAUAAGGUCAUAAAAGGAAAGCAAACGGGCUUUUGACAGACCUAAUAUUGAAUAUUUCCACACGGCCUCAUUGAUAUGGAAGUAAAUCCGUGCCAUCUGAUUUUAAAUUUUAAUUUCUAAAGCUGAAUAUUUUUUUUUUUUUGCAUCAAAACAGACUUUGAAUUUCGAAACUAUUGAAUUUCAAGCGUGCAUUUUUAUUUCUGACACUUUUUUUUUUCACAAUGAUGAAAUAAAUUCAGUGUAAAAAAAUCUGUUUCUGACCAAUCACAAUUAAUAACAGCACAUUUAUUCAUCAGAAGUGAUACAAAGCUCUCAUGUAACUGGCAUCGAUAAUGCUGCAUAGAGGGUAAAUUUACAUCAAGUUUUUACUGUUUUUGGUCAAUAUUAUGUUGCUUUGACUGAGUUUAAAAUUUGAAUGUAGGAUUUUUACUUUCAAUGAGGUACUUGUAUAACAAUGACCAUAACUUAUAAACCAAAAGAAAACAUGUUAGUAACAUCUUGUUCCUUAACAUUGCUUUUAGCAGCCCUAAGGAACUUUCAAAGUACUUUGAUAUAAGUGAGCUUUUGUUUUGUGAACCUGCAAAAGGAGAUGGAUAUAAUGUUAUUAAAACAAGGCCCCUGCUGUAAUCAAACCAGAAGUUUGUGUUAACUAAGGUAAAACAUGACAAUAUGAAGCUACAGUGACCUGUGUAACAUGAAAUGGUAACAUGAAAUAUACCCUAUUCAUACAUAUAGGGCACCAAACUUUGAAAAGCAGUUUAGAGUAUUCCACUGUUUAUUGAACAGUACUAAUUUACUAAUGUGAAACAGUUAGUUUGAAUUUGAAGAUCAUGAUAUCUGAAAUGUUUUUAACAUACUGUCAGAAAAAUUGUGUGACGGUCCAUCUACACAUGUAAAAUCCUGUCUGUAUUAUUGAAUCUAUGUAAAAUCAAAGUGGAAGCUGUUGCAAAUUGGCAGCAAUGAAUACAACUAGUGACUAAGCAUGAGUGGAGCACAUAUUUGUUGGAGGCAGUGAAGAUUCAAAACUACAUUUGUUAAGAUAAAGAAAGAGACGGUGAAGGUCAGAAUGUCCACUGUGGCCCUCACACUUGCAGCACUGUUUGCUCCCUAUCACAGGACAUGUUAAAAGUAAACAAAUGACUCUGACUUCUUAUGAUUCAACAGCUGGACUUGUUGUCUGGACUCAAGCACAGAUCUGUUUCUUUAGUUUUCCCUUGAGCAGUAAACAAGGCAAACAAUGCCAACUAUGUUCCUAGCUCAACAAUAACCUUGACCUAAUCAAUACUGUUUUGUUGUGAUGUUACUCAACUGUUUGAACCUGCCACUGAACCUCAGAUGUUUUUUCACACAAGUGAAAGUCCACCUUAAGAAAUGAAGUUAGAACUUGAGCAUGGGGAUCUGUGGUGAAUAGUCAGUCAGAAGAGAAACCACCAGACCCUGUAAGAGAAAAAGGAUGUCAUGAUUAGAAGAGAGAGAGUAAAAGCUGACUAUGGGUCUAAAUUAACCUACUUAUGUAUAAAAUUAUAUGGUAAAUAAUGGUGAGUUUUUCUCAAGGCUACUCACCAUGAUGGUCCAUUUCCUGUUCUCUGCCUCAGGAAAGACAAGUGAACGAGGAGAGUAGAAUACCUCGUCAUCCACCUCCUCCAUUUUCCGUGGAAGACAGUGUAGGAAGGUCCAGUCUGGUUUGGCUACACGUGCUGUCUGUAGAUGAGUGAGAAAGUCAGGAUGGAGUAUUGCAAGAAUAAUGGCUAGUCAGAUAUACAUAUAUGUUAAAUACAUUAUAGUUUCUUUUUUGUUUGCAGUGCUAGUCCAUUUCUCUUUUGUUUUCCAGAAGCUGUUUUAUGUUAAUACCUUGAAUCAAUUCAAAACUGGAAUCAAACAUCUCCUAUGCUCACACAUAUUUGGCUGACAAAUGACUGAUUUGGAUCAGUUCAGAGGUAGUUUCUCCAAAAUAAAACUGUCCAUAAUGUGUGUUUAUAUAUAUGACAUAAAGACGUGUUUUGUUAAUGAAAAUCACAUCACCUCACUUUCUCAUUUUUCAGAAAACUAUGCUACCAAUACAUUUAUGAUUUGUGCAAUACGUUUUUUUAAUAUGCAUGCUAACUUUAAAUUCUGAAAUCUAUUUAGCUGUUUCUCCAUUAAAAAGGAUGUAAUUGGUUUAGUUAUUAUAAACUUUUGUAUCACUUUCUCAAGCAGUAGCCUAUUAAAUACAAAACAUAAGUUUGCUCUGAAUUAAUGUUAAAUAUUGGAACAACGACUCUGACAAGUUCAGUGUCUUUUACAUAGCAGAAAACGCCUUCCAUCUCUAAAAGCUACUGAUAUGUAACGAUUGACUCCUCUUUCUUUCUGAGCCAAAGAGAAAGUGUUUAAGUCAAAAUGUGUUUCUUUAUAUUUGUAAAACUCCCCACAUCUUACCUGCAUAGUAAUUUGGUAACCUUUAAAGUCAUUAAGCCUCUUUUUUUUCUCCUCCUCCUGCCCCAUGCUGACCCAGGUGUCAGUGACCAAAACAUUGCUGCCAUGGGCAGCCUCCAUGGGGUCACUGGUCAGAACCAGCUGGGUCCCAUGCUGAGACAAAAUACAAUUUUAUGAAUUAAUGAGAAGUCUUUUGACAAGAGGUUUGUUUAAAGCUAGGACACAUGAACAAUAAUUCACCUCAUUGGAGAGUCUUUGUGCCUCUUCAAUUACACUUUUCUCUGGUUCAUAUCCCUGCAAAUUAAGGUAAAAAUGUAGAUCAGUUGCUGAAUAUUCAUAUAUUUUAUAAAAAGAAAACAAUAUAUUUGUAGUCCCCCAGGAUAUUCUUUGGAAAGGAUCAACUCUAGCAAUGAUAAGACAGUUACAGUGGAUGUUCCCACAUAAAAAGAAGCAAACCUUUGGUGUAGCAAUCUUCAGAUGUAUUCCUAGUUUGGCUGCUGACAUCAUGAAGGAGUGGAGGACAUUGUUCCCAUCUCCAAUCCAGCUGACUGUUAGUCCACUCAGGGAGCCAUAAUGUUCCUGGGAGGAAAUAUUUGAAAAACACGCUGACUUUAUCAUCUCAAUUAUUUAAACAGCAGGAUGCCAGGAAGCUGCUACAUUACCUGCAAAGUGAGGUAGUCAGCUAGGAUCUGGAUUGGGUGGUAGAGGUCAGACAGGCCAUUAAUGAUGGGGAUGGAGGCCUCCUUAUCCAGUUCUUCCAGUGUGGAGUGGCUAUACACUCGUGCUAAGACAAUAUCACACAGCCCUGAGAGAACCCUGUGGCGGGGGGUUAGAGAUUACACAGGGGUGCAUGUAAUAUUGGUUCAUGUGGUGACCUACAAAAUCUAAUCUUUCCUUUCAGUUAUUAAAAGCAGCAGAGGACCAAAGCAAUAUUAUACAAGUGAAGCAGCGCUGCCUUAAAAAACACCAUGCUGAUUAAGAUUUUUUUGAGAUUAACAGACAAAUAAGGAGCGGAGAUAUGUAACCCACAUGGUAAAGAACAAAACCAUAAUGAAUUUCAUACCUAGCUGUGUCUGUGCUACUCUCGUUCACUCCAAGGUGGAUGUCCUGAGAUGUGAGGAAACAAGGGUGCCCGCCAAGCAAAGCAAAACCUGGAGUAAAAACACUGAAUCAUCCUCAAAUAGAAACUGUCUUUUAAGCCCACACCAAGUUCAGCAUAGGAGUGGGGAAUGGAUGUAGUUUAGGUGCAAACAGCAUUGUUCCCGUGGUGCUUUCAAAGUCCCCUUUCAGCAGUUCUUUUGUGUCAAAAACAAGGGGUGGCAUUUACACUGCUAAAGCUACUAAUGGAUCAAAACAGCCAGACUAAGUUUGUAAGAUAUCAAAACCCCAUUACAUUAAUUCUAUCAAUGUGUAUCUAAUGCGUUAAUCUAACAAUUGCAUGGUGACUGAAUUGUGCCACUCUAAUGUUUUUACAUGUAAGUUUCAAUACAGCACAUGUCAUAAACCAUUUGAAGAUAUAUGAAUACAUAAGGGACACCUGUUUCUGUAGACAUUCUUGUUCUGGUGCUCCUCUUCUCAAAUAUCAUGGCAAUGGACUUCCCUUGGAGAAGAGGAAGAUACUAAAAUGGAGAAGAAAGUUAGCUUCAGACACUGAAGAUUGACCUUGACAGUUAAAACUGAGAACAUUUGCAAAUGCAUACUGCAGUCAACAGAAGUUAGCAAACACCAGCUACCUGUUUUUCAUGUUUGAUCCGAUGUUUGAGGUCUCCUGAGACCCACAGCAGCCUCUUGAUUUCAUCUGGGCUGAAAUCUUUCAAAGUUAGGAAGCUUCGACCCUUCAAACUGACGGAACUAAGAGACGCAACUGCAGUUCUGUGGAAGUUCAAAAUGAGGCAAUUAUGCUGCAUGCAUGGUUGUUGUAUCAGCAGUUUACAUAUUAACAAAAAGUUAUCCGGCGUGUCUUACCUAAACCCUCGUGGACAGCUGGUGUGAAACGUUUUCAUACAUUUGAAAACCGUGCUGUUUAAAGACAGUAUCUUGGUAGACAUGGUGACUUGAAUUGAAAAUACCGUGGAAGAGUAAUUUCCUAAGGAGAUUUCAUCAGAUUGAAACCAACUUUCAUUCAAUCCCUACCCCUACAACAUGCAGCAGCACGUCAGAGCGACGGGCAGGGCUGUUACGUCUGACGUCACCAAAGACCACGGAAGCGAGUCCUGGCAACAUCCUCCCAAGUGUCCACUUUUCAUGUAUUUGCCUAAAAGUUCAAGAUAUAAAGCUACUUUACUAUGAGUUUACUUUUAAUAUGUUACGAGAAUAUUAACUGGAUUAACAUAUUCCUUCACUUUUGGUGUACGAAUAAACAAUGAACUCUCUUAAACGGUCUGCGGGCUACGCUCUUGUUGUCAUAACAUAUUUCAAAGAUGAAGUAGAAAAACCGAGAGGAUUCCGUCUGUGACUCUUUUUUCUGAGAAGACUGGUAGCUUUGUGAACGAUACUGAAUGAAAGAAAAAUAUAUUAAUAACGAUGAUAUUAUUAUAAUUAUUAUUAUUAUUAUUAUUAUUAUUAUUAUUAUUAUUAUUAUUAUUAUUAACAAUAAUAAUAAUAAUGAUAAAAGAAAUAAUAAUACUGAUACUACUACAACUGCUACUACAAUAAUGAAAAUAAUGUUAUAAAAUAUUAUUAUGAUAUUUCUAUCAUUAUUAUAUUUAUUUAUGUUCAUUAUUGAAUUUAUUAUUAUUAUUAUUAUUAUCAUUAGUGUUAUUACUCGUAUUUAUAUUAAUAAUGAUAAUAAUAAUAACAAUAAUAAUUUCAUAAUAUAAUAUAAUAUAAUAAUAAUAUUACAUAAUAGACUCAUAAUAAUAUAAACAUCAUUUAAUCAUUAUAAUCAUUAUAUAUAUUUUUAAAUUAUUAUUAUUAUUAUUAUUAUUAUUAUUAUUAUAAUAAUUAUAGAAGAAGAGGACAAAGUAACAAUUGUUUAAAAGUCCAAAGGUUCGUCUUUCCUGUUCUCAAAAAUAAAUUUAGCAUUAUUUUCACUGAAACGGAAGAAAACAUUCCCAGUGAAACCAAGAAGGUUUUUGGCAUGAUAAUAUAUUUAUCAUGCCAUCUGUAUUUGCAUGUAUAAAGUUUGGAGUAUUUUGAUGAGAACAGUCACUUUUGCUAACAUGAGAAAAACAGUUGAAAAAACUUUGAAUUGCAUUUCCUUAUGUACGAAAAGUGCCAUAUAAAUAAAGCUGAAUUGAAUUGAAUUGAAUUGAAUUGAAUUGAAUUGAAUUGAGUGUUUGUCCUGGCCACGCCUCCCUCUGACGUUUCCUUUGUCCACCUGUCAGUCAACGCUGAGCUCUACGGGGAGCGAGAGGAGGAGGAGAGAGGGGAGCUGCGUUGGAGAUGACAGGACAGAGAGAUGAGGACAUACCCGGUGAGAGUACUUUCAAAACAGGCCAUGAAGUACUGUAGUCCACUCAUUUGUAUAGUGGGCAUACUUACCUUCCUAUUAGAUAAACCUUUUUCCACAGACUGUGUGAGGUUGUUUGGAGCACCUGUAGCUAUUUCUGUCAAGAAGCUACUUAACUCGCUUGAGAUUUGACAGCAGGUUGGGUCAGGAUUUAGCCGGUGUUAAAUCAGAGAAGUUGAUAAGUUAGUGCUACUCCGAAGUCCUGCUACUCCUGCUAAAAUUGAGAAAUGUAUUUGUCAACAGAAACAGGGGCCAUCUUCACAUUUGGAAAGAGCGGUUUCGCUGAUAAUGUGCCUUGUAAAUUCUGGGUGAGAAAUGACCAGCCAGGACAAGUGUCCUGCGGAGGAGAGCACACUGCUGUCAUCACAGGUUCAGACAGUAUAUAUGCACAUUGACAUAAUAAAGAAUCACUCAUUUUGAACCCAUGUCCAAGAACUUCUCUAAUGUUAAAUCACACUUUGACCUCUAAUAGUUUUCAAUGUCUGCAGAAAAUGGCAGGCUGCUAGUGUUUGGUGAUAACACUUGGGGCCAACUUGGGCUAGGAUUGAAGCCUGCUGCAAGAAAACCUGCCUCAGUGAAAGGUAAUCUUCAUUACACGAGGGCUGCAAAUUUUCAUUGUUUUAAUAUUUCACGCACUCUUGUUUCUUAAUUAUCCCAUUAAAUCCCUUAAUCAAGACUAAAACGAGAUUAAAGUCAUUUCAUGAUGCUAUCUUCUUGUGCCAAAGGCUGACAAUCCUUUAAAAUGAGCAUUUGCCAUGGAUAUUAUUUCCUACUUCUAUUAGCUAGAUAAUAACGCUUCCCUAAUAUACUAUAAUGCUGAACAUUCUGCCUUGUGACUCGUGCUGUAAUUCCUGAAAUGUUGUAACCCUCUUCGUCUGUGUUGAAAAAAGCAUCUCCUGCUGGUAAAAGUAAUUAAACCCAAUUUUUGACAUGAAUAACAAUGAUUGGCUUAGUUGUGUUCACAGAUGGACUAGGCUUAUAUGGCUAAAUUUAUGGUAUUUGUUCAGAUUUUUAUACUGUAAACAUUUGUUAUUCAUUGAAUUCAGUUACAGGUUGGAUAGAAAUGAUUUAAAGUACUUUUGUGUCUGUUUUUGUUGAUGUAGUGAAUUUUUUUUCUUUUCAGCCUUAAAGCCUGAGAAGGUGAAGCUUGUUGCUUGUGGGAGAGACCACACAAUUGUCUACACAGGUGCAAUUCUGCUUAAAUAAUUGAAUACGACAGAGAUUAUCUUGAGAGUAGUCUUGAGCAGAAGAGUAUGGCCCACCAUCAUUGUUUUUUUUUUGUAUUCUGUAUUUGUGUUGUCGUGUAUACUUUCAGAGCAGGGUAGUCUCUAUGGUGCCGGCAGCAACGAAGAGGGGCAGCUGGGUUUGGGCCACUGCAACAACAUUGCGUCCUUUCACCUGCUGAGUCCCCUCUGUGACCAUGCGCCAAUCAAAAUGCUCUCUGCAGGAUGCAACACCUCAGCUGCCUUAACAGGUUCAAACAGUGGCGAGCUACAACAUAUCAUUUUUUUCUGCUUGUAGAGAUGCUCAAUGCUCGAGCUCUAACGUUUCCUCCUUCUGUUUGUGUGUUGGUAGAGGAUGGCAGGUUGUUCAUGUGGGGAGACAACUCUGUGGGUCAGAUUGGUUUAGGGAAUGAGGGAUUUGCUUCAGAGCCCAGAGAGGUGGAUGUUGGCGAGGCGGUGAUGUGGGUCUCUUGUGGGUACCACCACUCAGCAUUUGUCACAGGUACUCCUCAGAACCUCAGUUAAAUUCAAUAUCAUCUAUCUUGCUGACAGUGUUGUGUUGGCUUCAUUUUAGUGGAUGGAGAUCUCUACACAUUUGGUGAGUGUGAACAUGGGAGGCUUGGUCUCCAAGAGGAGCAGCUAGUCAAUCACAGAGUCCCCCAGAGGGUGCAAGGGAUUCUGGGUCGUGUCAUUCAGGUAUGCUGUGGAGGGGAGCACACUGUGGCACUCACAGGUAAGCUUAAAAAGGAAAAUGGUGUGCUUGAAACCAUUGCACUUUAUUUAAAUAUCUGCUUAUGGUUAGCUAGCUUCUAGCUGUGAGUGCACUAAAAUAAAACAACCUAAGGUUUAUUUGAAAGUAUAAAGACCUCAGAGCUGUUUUUUUUAGUAAAAUACCUGAGAAACUGUAGUGUGCAACUGCAGCUAACCAAAGAUGUAUUAAUUUAUGUGUGUAUUUUUGUGUUAGAGGAGAGUGUGUACACUUUUGGGAGAGGACAGUAUGGUCAGCUGGGCCAGGGGACAUUUCUGUUUCAAGCUGAUUUGCCAAAAACACUGGAGCACUUUUUUAAUGUGAGCAUCAAACUCAUAUCCUGCGGGGAGAAUCACACAGCUGUGAUCACAAGUAAGUUCUGUGUAGUCAGUUUUAUAGUUAUCUUUUUAUUAUUUUUGGAUAUCUGUCUUAAUAUUUACAUCAAGGAUUCUUUUAGAUUAUGUGAAAUGUUUUAUUUGAAGGCUGCUGAAUUCACUCAUCUCUAUGUGAUGUACUGACACUAACCCCUUUAAGCUGAUCACCUAGCUUUGAGCUGCUGUGUAGAAGAAGUCAAUGUUGCAUCUUCUGAGCUUUUCCCUCCUUCACAGGUGACGGGCUUCUCUACACAUUUGGGGAUGGUCGUCAUGGAAAACUAGGGUUAGGGGAGGAGAACUUUGUCAACCGGUUUAGCCCGACACUCUGCACACGAUUUCUUCAGUACAAUGUUCAGCUAGUAAGUUACUGCGAUAAAAGGGUGAAUGUAGCUUAACAUAUGUGCUCAUGUGCCUAUGAGCACACAAACUUUUCAGUCCAGCGCAGCAUUGAAGUAGUGUAUUCUGUUCAGCUCAGAGAGUGAAAUUAACAGAAAUUUAAAAGAAGAAGUUGUUUUUGUUGUGGUUUCGUUUGUGCAGGUGUCCUGUGGUGGUGACCACAUGUUGGUACUGGCUGCACCCAGAUCACCAGAGAGCCAUGGGGAUGUGCCAGAGGAGGAUGCCACGACUACAGAGGACUUUUCAGAGUCUAGAUACACAGAACUUCUCCUUCUGGACACUUUGGUCGGUCCUGAUACUCUAGUCCCACUCCCGGUGCUCUCUGCUCGAGCCCGUCACAGAGAAAAGGUGAGGACCUGCACACAUUGUGGAGACAUAACCGGGUUCUGUAGACUUUUAAAGAGAUACUUGAUUUCAACAAAUAACCAGGUUAAAACAUGCUAAAUGUAAAUAAUCAGACAUUCAUUUGAUGAUCUUUUAUUUCAUACUGCUUUUUCAGGUUGCAGUUUCCAUUUACUGAAUGACAUGUAUGGUUGGAAAUUAUUGAUAUAUACUGAGUGUUAAACAGCAUAAUUGUGAAAGAAAAAUUCAGUUUCUUAAAGUUUAUAAGGAGGGCUCUGAAGACAGUUCAGAGAAGACAGUAAAGAAAGAUAGUUAACUGUAACUGCCCCUCAUCUCCGCCAGGGGGCAGUGUUGCAUCAUGUUGUAGUUCUGCUGUAGUGGCCCUGAGUUAGUGGCUGGGGGAGCUCUAUAGAUGCGAUUCAAACCUUUGCCUCAGUCAUGGUUUUUUUUCUGUUUUCCCUCUCUUGUAUUUCAGAAGAGCUCUGUGGAGAUGUUUGGGGAAAUGUUUCGAAACCUCCCACGUCUAAACUCUGACUUCCUCAGCACUUCCUGGCAAACUUCAAGAAAUAUCCCAAGCCCUAAAGCCCUUUCAAAGGACAAAACCACCCCUUCUUCAUCCCCUAAACCACAAUCAGUAGCAACACCAAGCCCGGUAUUAUCCUCUAAGCCUUCGAGCCCACAGUCUCUAUCAUCAGACACGUUAAGGGAUAAAUCCUCAAGAGCUGCUUCCUCCAUGUCUAAAUCCAAAGAAUUGCCUUCGCCAUUACUCUCACCAAAGUCUAUAACUAAACAAAACCUGUAUUGCCCAGCAACUCCUACAAAGACUACAAAGAAACCCACUAAAAAGGCCUUAAAUGAACAAUUUUCAUCACCUCUUUCAUCUAAAGCACCCAGUUUCACAUCCAGACCAUCCAGUACCUCUUAUAAAGAUGCCAGUGACGAGGAUCGUCCAGCCUCACUUCAGACUGGUAAAUCCUACACUUUAUGUAUUUACUGUAUUUUAACUCUACCUUUAAUUUAACUAUAGUUAUAGCUAACAAGAGCACAGCUGUCUAACACAGAAUCUGACUUUUGUGCCGAGGCAGAAACUGCUCAGUCUCAGACUGGCACAGGAGAUGUGGAGGAGAUCAUCCCUGAGAGAGAGAACAACUCUGACUCUUUACCCAAAAUGGUGAGAAAUUGUUUUUUUAUGACUCUUUGUGCACUGAUUUAACCCUGAUAGUGCUAAGGGACUGAAAAUAUGAUAAUUUGGGCCCAAAGUCACAAACACACGCUCAGUUAUUUUCCCCUUUUGGCUCCUUGGUUGUGGCUUAGAUUAUGAGCACUCCAAGGCAGGAAGCAGCGAUGUUUAGUGCUUGCCAGCUUUUCCAGGAAAUGUGCAUAGCUCAGCAUACAUACUUUACAGUAUGUGUGUGAGAGAGAUUUUUUUCCCUUCAUUUGUUAGAUUUAAAGGAAGUAAGAGUAUUUAAGUGUUUUACUCUCUUCUGUCUCAUUAGUGUGUUGUGCAAUGGUUUCCUCAAGAGAGACUGAGAUAUCAGUAUUUCUCCACACACACACACUCACAAACAGCACUUGAGGAGAAAUUGGCAGGAAACUGGCUACAUCUCAUCAGUGUUUCCACAGCCAGUGAUGAAGCAAACUGUGAAGGACUCCCCAGCGUUGUUGUGUGUCAUGGUGCAACAUGUGGUUCUCAGUAAGCCCUUCUGUCCUGGUUGUAAAUGUUGAGUUAGCUUGUGACUGUACAUUCUUUCAUGCACAGUAAUGGGACGAAUUUUAACAGCCUUGUAUAAAGUUAAAGUGUGAAUACCACACAAAGAAAAUACCCAGGGAUAGUCUGCAUUCAAAAGUCCAAUGGGCAAAUACUGUAUAUGUAUGUAAGGGACUAAUUAUGCCAAAAGGGUUUAUUUAAUAGUUUUCUUAGUAAACCUUUCUCAUUGAAAUUUGUUGCAGUAUUUUUAAAGCUUUUGCAGAUUCUGUUUUAUAUGUUGACCACAAAAAAUCUUUGCAAGCUUGAGGAUUGAAAUAAUUCUGUCAUUGCUUUGUACUGAAAACGCAUACAAAUUGUUGAAAUGUUAUCAAAGGUAAAACUUAAGUAAGCAAAAUAACAGGUUACUUCUGAUGACAAAAAAGUGUUAGGUAUUAAGUAAAAUGCUAUCCUCUGAAAUGUAGUUUCACAUAAAUCAUUUGUAAUUAUUGGAACUGAACUUAAAGCUCCUGUGAGAAACCUUUGGAUAGUGUCAGUUUUGGCGCCCCCCUGUGGAUGAAGAAGUCUUUGCUUAACUUAUCUUCACCAUGCCUGCGUAGUGUCUCCUGACUAAUCCUGUAGACUUUUGACCGUCAAACUUAUGAUUAAUUGUUCAUAUAAUAGACAGAAGUUUUAAAGUUGGCAUCAUUUCUUCAGCUGACACCCACCCCUUUGCAUUAAAAAUGACAGUGUACAAAUCUUCAACUUUGUUUAAGAUGUUCUUUUUUGUUUUAGUAUAUCAUGAAAAAGCUUCAGUAAGAAUUUUAGUCUGUUUUAUAAACAUAAAAAAACUCCUCAUGAAAGCUUUGAGUUAUGUAUUUCCACUGCAUUGAGUGUGUGUGUACUGACACAUGUUGUACCAAGUGUGCCUCAUAUUAUACCAGUGGGAGAUUAAAUAGGAACACAGCACAAGAGAAGUGCAUGUAAAAUAAAUCAAGCUGACACGUUGAAAACAGGUUUUAUAAUUCAAGGCAUUUCACUGUAAAAGCUUUGUUGUUGCAGGAUGGCAGCUGUGACAGGUGACUUAAACAAAGCUGUUUUCACAUCACGCCUCGCUGAGAACCAAUUAACCAUCACCUGUUCUUCAUCAGAGCAGAUGGAAAGACGAAGAUCCUUCAUUUUCUCUUAACCAUGACCAAAAAAAAUCUUUUUUCCUCCCAUCUGUGUCCACAUGUAUAUAAUUUUAUUUAUUGUGAAACAGACAGGUUGGAGUUCCAUGACUGGAAAAUAGUCUUUUAUUUAAAAGACAGUAAAGUCCAUUUUGAAAUGUGUUAUUAACUUAAAAGUCUCUUCAGUUCAGCUGUCUGAGUAUGACUGGCCAAAUGCAGUUUUUUAACACAGACAAUGUGUAAAUGUUCAAGUGUCAUCAUUCACAUUAGUCUGAUGGUGAAGUUAACUUCUUCAAUAAUCACAAGUUAUUAUAUAUAAAUAUAAAAUGAGCAUUCACCAUCAUGAAAACAUAUUACAUAAGUUUUUCCACAAUAGAUACAUUCCCUAGACUACAGACACGCUUUUGGAAAUAAAACACACGUUUGACAUCAAAUGCAUCAACUGCUUAUUUAGUUUAGUUGAUUGCAGGUUUGCUACUAGUCUAACUCCUUUUUUUUGCAACACAUUGUAACGCAUGCGCCCUUUUUCUGCCUGUUUUAUGUUUAUUUUUACAUUUAGCUAAAUGCCUGUUUUCUCUGUGAUUUAUUAUAGGGUAAGAAGAAGGGAAGAGCUCUCAGGAGAAAAACUAGAGAGGCGGAGGCGUUCAUGGAUCAGUCCAAUGGGAAGACGAGACUUAGCUCUCACAAGGCCUCACCAGCAGAGCUUUCAAGAGGCUCGAGCUCUUCAAGGAAUGACGUGUCUCCUCUGAGGAGUCCAAAAAGCCCCAAAGUUACAUCUAAAGGAAAAGAAAACAUUUCUAAGCAGUCUAAUAGGAUAAAAAAUCAUGAGGACAGACGACCUCUAAAGACACUCUCCCAACUUAAAUCCAAAAAGCAUGAGAAAAGCAAAUUAUUACAACCAAGCCAAACAUCUCCUCAAUCAGUGCAAAAGACACUGACAGAAGUGCAACAGAGACUGACAGAGGUGAGGGAAGAUGUCAAGAGAAGUAAACACACUUUGAAGAAAGAUCCUGUCAAAUCACAAAAAAAGGAAAAAAUUAAUUCACCAGCCUUCGACAGAGCGUCUCCUGCCAUCAGGAUCACUGGAGUAAAUGAAAUGACCAGCUUAUCCCUUCAAAGUGGAAGUCCAACAUCUGUAAGAAGUGCUUCAAUGGAUGAUUCAGAAAUGUCUGACGUCAAACCUGUUGAAGUGGAGUCGCAGCAGGAGACACAGCAGGUACCAUCAACUCCAACAAAAGAGUUACACAAAGUAAAAUCUGUAUCGAGGAAAGAUCAAAGUAAAACACCAUCAGUGGAAAAAGACACCACACCUGUCAACACACCCGCACGAGCUAAGACACCAAAAGGUGUGACGUCUAAACCUCUUAAGAGAAAACCACUAGGAGACAAAUCCAGGCCAGACAAAAAUCAGAGUAAAUCUGCAGAAAAUACUCAAGUGGAGAGUAAAGGCAAAAGCAAAGCUGUCUCAAACGAGUUAAAUCUUCCAAAAAACAAAGGCCAGAGAACUAAAGGCAGAGCUGCAGAUAAGGAGACGCUAUCAGAUGCUGACAUUGUGAAAGAUAAGAACAAGAAGAAGGUGAAAGACUCGAAACAAAAGGUGAAAACAAAACCAGUGGAAGUGGAGGGAGAGGAAAAUACGGGUGAAAAACAGGAUAAUGGAGACCCUAAACAUAAUAAGAGGGCCAAGCUGGGGAGUAAGCAGACUGCAGCUUCCCAUCCACUGUUAUCACAGCAGGAUGCACCUUUUGAAGUGCAGAGUAAUUCCGUUUCCUCACAAAACCCAGAGAGAAAAGAGAUGGUUUCUGCCCGCAGUGCCAAAUCCCUGCCUGGCCCUGAACCUGUUGAUAGAGAUCUGCCAAUCUCUGAAACAAACAGUGAGGAGGAAAAAUCAAGAUUGGGGGAAAUACUCAGUACAGCAGCCACUCUCCUUCCUGCUGUCGGGAUCGCAGGUGCAGCUAUGGGAGUGCUGAGCGAUGCGGUUAUGAGCAUAGACGGGUUUCAGUCUGAUAGUGAUGCUGGUACACCCUCACCAAUGACAACACCCAGUCGGAUGAAGCAGUUCACAAAGCAAAGGGCAAUAAUGCGGCCUUCCUUUUCCACCACACUGUCACAUUUUUCUUCAAUGGAAGAAAGCGCAAAGAAAGAAGUUCAGGUCAGCGUCCAUUCAGAAUCAGACAAUGCAGUGAGUGAAGAGGAAAGUAGAGAAAGGACCCGUGAUGAGUCACAACAAGAGCUGGGGGAAAGUGAGGUUUCUGAGCAGGUGGAUUCAAAACCAGAGGAAGCAAACAGCGAGAACGACCCGGAGACUUCCCAGCAGGAACACGGAGAAGAAGAUAAAUCAUACAAGCCUUCAGAGGACGAGCAGGAAAAUGAAGGAGAGGAUGGUGGAGAAGAGGAAGGAGCCAGUGGAAGCUUUGUGGAGGAAGAAGAAGAAGAAGGGGAAGAAAGUGAAAGUAAAGAUGUAGAAGCGGGUGAGGAAGAUGAGAAGGAAACUGCAGAGGAAGAUAAAGAGGAGGAAACAGGCAAAGAGGAAGAUGAAAGCGUGAUGAGAAGUGAUGUUACAGAGGAAGAAGAAGAGGAGGAGGAAGAGGAAGGCAGCAAAGAGAAAGCAAGUGAGGGAGAGAGUGACUCUGAGGGGAGUGAAGCAGCAGAGGAAGAGGAGGGGGAAGAGUCGAGUGAAGAAGAGAAUAAAGGGGAAGAAGAAGACGAAAGUGUGAGGGGUGAAGAAGAGGAGGAUGAAAGCAGUGAAGAAUCAGAAAGUGUGGCUCAGACAGAAGAAGAAAGAGAGGAGGAAGAGGAAAGUGAUGCUGCAGAUCCUGAUUCUGAGGAAGACAAUGAAGAAGAAGAAAAUGAGGGAAAUGAAGAAGAAGAAGAAGAAGAAGAAGAGGGUGAAACAGAGGGAGAAAGAGAUGAUCAAGACUCCACAGAGAGUGAGGAAGAGGAGCAAGAGUCAGGUGAUGAUGAUAAUGAUGAUGAAGAUACUAAUAGUAAGAGUGAUGAAGAUGGGGAUGAGAAGCAGGAUGAAACCAGUGUUGAAGAUGAAGAUGAAGAGAAGGAAGACAGUGAGGCUGAUGAAGAGGAGGAAGACCAAGAUGAAAAAAGCGAUGAUGAAAAUGAAGACGAGGAUGAAGAGGAAGAUGAGGAAAAGACUGCAGAUGAGGAUGAAGAAGAGGGGGAGGAAGGGGCAGCUGAGGAGGAAGAAGAAGAGGGUGAGGACGAUGAUGCAGAAGAGGAAGAAGAGGGUGAUGGAGAUGCCGGAGAGGAGGAAGGUGAAGAGGGUGAAGAUGAAGAUGCUGGAGAGGAGGAAGGUGAAGAGGGUGAAGACGAUGAUGCAGAAGAGGAGGAUGGAGAUGCCGAAGCGGAGGAAGGUGAAGAGGGUGAAGACGAAGAUGCUGGAGAGGAGGAAGGUGAAGAGGGUGAAGGGGAAGAUGCAGAGGAGGAGGAAGAGGACAAAGAAGAGGGUGAUGAAGACACUGGAGAGGAGGAAGAAGAAGAUGAAAAGGAAGAGAGUGAAAGCGAAGAGGAGGAAAAGAUGAGAAGAAAGGAGGACAAAAAGACGGUAGAAGUCAGUGAUGAUGAAGAAGAGGAGGAAGAGGAAGAAGAGGGUCAAGAGGAAGAAGAGGAGGAUGAAGAAGAAGAAGAAGAAGGAGAAGAAGGAGAAGAAGAGGAAACAAAUAUUGAAGCAAAAAAAGAGGCAAAACUCAGUAACCGGGGAGGAAAAACAAAACAGGAUCAAACAAAAGGAAAGAAAGGUAAAGAUUCUGAUGAAGAUGAGGAUGAGAGUGAAGAAGAGGUUGAUGAUGAAGAAGAUGAAGAAGAAGAAGAAGAGGAGGAGGAGGAGGAAGAGGCAGAUGAGGAAGAGGAGAAUGAGACAAAAAUUAAGCCCAAAAAGGAGACAAAAACCAAGUUAGAGAAAACAAAACAGAAACAAACUAAAGUGGAGAAAGGUCAUGUCUCUGAUGAAGAUGAAAGUGAGGAAGAGGCUGAGGAAGAAGAGGAGGAGGAAGAGGAGGAGGAAGAGAAGAAAAAAGUAAAAUCUCCAGUUGCAAGGAAGAUAGUUGAACAAAAGUUUCCUGCUGCCAUCAGAAAAGAGAAAAUACCAAAAGAAAAACCAAAACCUGCACCGAGAACGAAGCAGAAGAAAACCGAAGACCCUCAACAGUUCUGGGACGAUGUGCUUCCACAGUACCUGGACCUGCAGUGA